GGGAAGCCGGAGCCCGGAAGCAGAGCAGAGGGUUUAGUGGUUCAUCCAAGAUGCUGAGGAGCGGGGGAGAGGGAGCCAUUCCCAUUCCCAUCCAUCUCCGUUGCUUUUGCCGAUCAAAAUCUUUCUCAAUUCUUCAACCAAUGAUCCUUUCCAACAUAUAUAUACACGUAAACAAAAUCGAAUCCCAAACUGUACCCACCAAACGAAACGGCAAUGGCUUUCUCGUUUCUUACUCUCCCUCAAACAGCGUGACAAGUUGCCUGCAACGCAAUCAUCUAUCCCUCGUCAUUUCCUCGUUCGUGCUUCGCCUUGCGGAAUCUUAACGAGAGCCACUUUCGUCGCGGGCUUCGUAGAACAGGAGAAUAAUAAAGUCAAGUUCAACAUUUCAGGGUAACGGCUUCAAUCAACGUUGAAGAAUUAUGGUGAAGCUAGUGGAACAACUGUAAAGGGGAUUAAUAGGGGAACUGAAAAGUUGAGGUUCGAAGUAAAAAUCAAUUUUACAUUGUUUUGCGGUCAUUGCUUUAUUGCAUGUAUGGCAUAAUAAUUUCAGCUUGGGACUUGGGGAGAAGACUUCUUGGGUUGAUUGUUUGUCGAGGAAAAAGCUGAUAUUUGGCAUGUCUCAUUUAUUGUUGAGAGCCAUUUUGGUCAGGAGGAAGAAUGGUUUUGGUCUAUUAUAUACAAGUACUUCUUUCCACGAGAACUUGAUUAACUUAAUUUCCGGUUCUAGCAGAGAAAGGCAAUCCUUCGGUGCCGGAAUUAUCUUGGAACAACCUUUUAAUCGUUUGCUCAUACACGGCUCUGCAGCAAACUAUUUGAAUUGGAAUUGCGGCCUGGUCAUUUCAAAUAUUCAUACUUCUUGUUUGGUUCUGCAUAACAGGGGUUUUUCUACUUCUGGAGAUAAACUGAUUGAAUCUGAUCUGCAUGCUGCUGAAAAUUCAAGCCAUUCGGUGAAGUCUUCUGUUGACUUAGAUGAUGAUUGUACUACGAUAGGUUGUUUUGAGAAGUCUUAUGUUGAUCCUGGUGAUGUGUUAGUCACCAAGAAAACUUAUGGAAAACCUGUGGAUUUUACUAAAAUUGAAAUUUCUAAGCUCCCUGUUGUUAUGAUUAUUGGUCGCCCUAAUGUAGGGAAGUCAGCAUUGUUUAACCGUUUGAUCCGGAGGAGGGAGGCUCUGGUAUAUAACACACCAAAUGAUCAUGUUACUCGGGAUGUACGAGAAGGGGUUGCCAAGUUGGGUGAUUUACGAUUUAAAGUGUUAGAUUCAGCUGGAUUAGAAGCUGAAGCAUCUUCAGGGUCAAUCCUUCAUAGAACAGCAGGAAUGACUGCUAGUGUCUUAUCGAGGUCUCAGUUUGCAAUCUUCCUGACAGAUGGAAGAUUUGGACUUCAUCCUCUUGAUUUGGAGGUUGGAAAAUGGCUUCGCAAACAUGCACCUCAAAUCAAACCUAUUGUAGUGAUGAAUAAAUGCGAAUCACUCUUUGAUGCUAGUGGUUCUCUAAUGGCAGCUGCUUCUGAAAUGCUCCGCUUAGGAUUUGGGGAUCCUAUUGCCAUAUCUGCAGAGACUGGGUUGGGUUUGCCUGACUUGUAUCAGUCUCUUAGGCCUGUUCUGGAGGAUUAUAUGCUUCAAGUGCUAAAUGGAACUCAGGAUGAUAGCUACAGUGAGGACAGCUGUUCCACUGAGGUUGAUGAAAGUAAACUUCCAUUGCAGUUAGCAAUUGUGGGACGCCCCAAUGUUGGGAAAUCGACCUUACUAAAUACAUUGUUACAAGAAGACCGGGUUCUUGUUGGUCCUGAAGCUGGUCUGACAAGAGAUUCAAUCAGAACCCAGUUUGAAUAUCAAGGCAGGCAGAUUUAUCUUGUUGAUACUGCUGGGUGGUUGCAGAGGACAAAACAAGAUAAAGGACCAGCUUCCUUGAGCAUCAUGCAAUCAAGAAAGAAUCUACUCAGGGCUCAUAUAAUUGCUUUGGUGCUUGAUGCUGAAGAGAUUGCAAAUGCCAGACGAAGUAUGAAACAUGCUGAGGUGGUUAUUGCGAGACGAGCAGUGGAAGAGGGACGUGGUCUGGUUGUGAUUGUGAACAAGAUGGAUCUUCUUAGAGGGAAGCGAAAAUCUUCGUUGUGUGAGAAGGUUAUGGAAGCUGUUCCUUUAGAAAUUCAGACGAUUAUACCUCAGAUAACAGGAAUCCCAGUUAUAUUCACAUCAGCUGUUGAGGGAAGGGGCCGGACAGCUGUCUUGCGGCAGGUUGUUGAUACGUAUGAAAAAUGGUGUUCGAGAUUACCUACAGCUCGCCUUAAUCGUUGGUUGCUUAAGGUUAUGAGCCGGCAUUCUUGGAAAGAUCAAGCAGCACAACCGAAGAUCAAGUAUUUCACCCAAGUCAAGGCUCGGCCACCUACAUUUGUCGCAUUUGUGCGUGGGAAGACUGAGCUUUCAGAUACAGACAUUAGAUUCUUAACAAAAUCCUUGAAGGAGGACUUUGAUUUGGGUGGUAUUCCGAUACGAAUCAUGCAACGGUCUGUCACUAGGAGAGAUGGUAGUGGCAGUGGUAAUGGUAGCAUCAACAGCAAAAAAAGCAAAUCUGUUGGCAAAAUGGUUGAAAGGGUCUCUUCUGAGAAGAGAAGCAUGUUGGUUGAAUGACACUUCUAAACCAAAUCUUCAAGUAUGAAGAAGUGAAUUUGUUAGCAAGAUGGUGCAAAAGGGUCUCUAUCUGUUGCCCGAAUAACAAUUUUGAACCAAAUCUGCAAAAAUGAGCUGAGUUGGAUGCUUACGAUAUGUUUAUGUGUGGAUUUUAUCAUCAGUUCUAUAUAAAAUUCUGGUAAACUGUCCUGUGAGAGGGGAAUAGCAUCAAGAGCAGAAUUGAAUUUGAUAUCAAGUUUUCUAGAAGGAUGUAGCUAAUGUUAAAGACUUUAUGAAACCUGAUAACUGGUGUAGAAAGUAAGCCCAAAGUUUAUAUAUGAUACUUUAAUUAACA